AUGUCUCCGUCUCUGGCCAGAUCUGCUCCCAGUGAGCUCAACCACUGGUGGAGCCAGCUGAGGUUUCGCCUUCAGAACAAGAAAGGAUGGAACGAGAUGUUGGAUGAGACGUUUUUGCUCUACACCAAAUAUGUAAAUGACAUUCCUCUCUUCUACGCGGCUAAAAAGAACAGCGUUGGCUGCAUCAAAAAACUUCUCAGUUGUGCCUCCACUAAUAUCUUUGAGAGAGGAGCUCUGGGGGAGACGGCGCUUCAUGUUGCUGUGAUGAACGAUAACCUGGAUGCAGCUGAAGCUCUGAUGGACGGAGCUCCUGAACUCAUCAAUGAGCCCAUGACUUCUGAGCUCUUUCAAGGUGUUACCCCUCUCCACAUCGCUGUGGUGAAUCAGAACAUCAACCUGGUUCAUCGUCUGAUCAGUCGAGGGGGUGACGUAGCCACACCUCGAGUCACUGGUCUGUACUUCAGGAAGAGGAUAGGAGGACUCAUAUACUACGGGGAGCAUGUCCUGUCUUUCGCUGCAUGUGCGGGGAAUGAGGACAUUAUUUCAAUGGUGAUCGAAGCAGGAGCCAGCACCAGAGUCCAGGACUACCGUGGUAACACAGUGCUUCACAUUUUAGUUGUGCAGCCCAACAAGACGAUAGCAUGCCAGGCCAUCGACCUGAUUAUGGCACGUGAUGCAGAGCUGGACCAUUCAGUGCCGCUCGACAUGGUGCCAAACUUCAGAGGCCUCACACCUUUCAAACUGGCUGCUAAAGAGGGAAACAUUGUGGCUUUUCAGCACUUGGUUAAUAAAAGACGCGUAGUGCAGUGGAGUCUAGGCCCUCUGACUUCUAACCUAUACGACUUGACUGAGAUUGACUCGUGGGCUGAUGACAUGUCAGUGCUAGAGCUCAUCGUGGGCAGUCACCAAAGAGAGGCCAGAGGGAUCCUAGAGGUGACCCCAGUGAGGCAGCUGGUCAGUCUGAAAUGGAACUUGUAUGGAAAACAUUACUUCAGGCUGCUCAUGUUACUGUAUCUCCUGUACAUCGGGACCUUCACACUGUGUUGUGCAUAUCGCCCUCUAAAGGACGCUCCGGAGAACUACACGAAGUCUGAUAUGGACAAGACCAUACGAGUCCAGAAAACACUCAAUGAAAGUUACCUGACAUAUGAGGACAACCUGCGGCUGGUGGGUGAGAUCAUCAGUGUCCUGGGUGCUUUACUCAUCCUGCUGCUAGAGAUUCCUGACAUACUGAGAGUUGGGGCAAAACGUUAUUUUGGACAGACAGCUCUAGGAGGCCCCUUCCAUGUUAUCCUCAUUAGCUACGCCUGUUUGGUGGUGCUGCUCUGUGUGUUCAGAACCUGUGGGGUGCAGGGAGAGGCCGUGGUGAUGGCGGUGUGUUUAGUCCUCGGCUGGUGUAACGUUAUGUUCUUCGCCCGUGGUUUUGAGAUGCUCGGCCCUUACGUCAUCAUGAUACAGAAGAUUAUAUUUGGAGACCUGACAAAGUUCAUGUGGCUGAGUUUCAUUGUGCUCAUUGGUUUUUCCACCUCACUGUGGAUGGUAUACAUGACCCAGGAGCCUGAGUCCAUCCCUGCAUACCGCUCAUUCCCCGUGACCCUCUUCUCCCAGUUUGAGCUAAGCGUGGGCCUCAUAGAUUUGCCUGUGGACCACACUAUUGCCACCCCACCAAUCGUCCAUGUGCUGCAUUGUGCCUUUUCUGUUGUCUCCUACAUCCUGCUGUUGAAUCUUCUCAUAGCCAUGAUGAGCGACACACACUGGAGGGUGGCUCAGGAGAGAGAUGAGCUCUGGAGGACUCAGGUGGUGGCCACAACUUUAAUGCUGGAGAGGCGGCUGCCUCGCUGUCUUUGGCCUCGGCUCGGGGUUUGUGGGCUAAACUAUGGCCUGACAGAGCGCUGGUAUUUAAGAGUCGAGGACAGAAACGACCCAAUGUUCCAGAAGAUGCGGCGCUACAUCAAAGCUUUCUCCAAAGAGGACGAAAAGGAGGAAAAGACUGAUGCAACAAAAGGGUCGAUGUCAGGGACCCCCAAACUCAGACCUAAAAACAGAGGGGGUUAUAACAAGAGGAGGUCGCUGACAGGGUGGCAGAUGAUCCGCCACAGUGCUCUUGGUUUGGAGAUGGAGAUGGAAGAGGCAGAGGAAGAUCAGGACAUUAAAUAUGUGUGA